AUGAAUCUGGGGAAUACAUUUCAUGGAGAGAUUUAUGAAUUCCCUGGGGUGCACCUUGAUAGAUUCACUAGUAAUGGUGAAGUUUUUCUCCUAACACACAGCCAUCAGGAUCAUUUACAAGGAUUGUUGAAUAAAUCGUUCUGCAACCGCGUUUACUGUUCUUUGUUGACCAAAUGUAUCAUUGCAUUGGAAGACAAGUAUCUGACGGUAUUACCUUACUUGGUGGCAAAAGAGUACAACGAACCAUUUGAAAUUGAAACUCUGCAAUGCAAACUUACUGUGACUUUGAUUCCUUCAUAUCAUUGCCCUGGAUCAGUGAUGUUUCUACUAGAAGGAAUAGAUAAAGCAGUGCUAGCCACAGGAGAUAUUAGAGCAGAAUCAUGGUGGGCAUCAACUUUGAUAAAAAAUACAUAUUUGUUUCCCUACAUUACUGGAUUGAAAGUACUUGAUCAGAUAUAUAUUGAUACUACUUUUACAUACCGAGGUGAACCGUACAUUUCAAUUAUGCCAAAUAGUGAAGGGAUAUUUGCUGCAAUGGAGUUGUUGAAAUUAUAUCCAGUAGACGACGAAAUACAGUUUAUGUUUGUUGAUUCUGUAUCGGGAUCCGAGGAAGCGUGGUUCCAAAUCGCUAACUAUUUUGAUUCCGAGCUACGAGCUAAUGACUUAGUAACAAGGAGAAAUGAACUACUACGAAAGCACCGUGAUUUCUACUCACCGAUCAAGACAACAUUCAAGACAGGACCAAUAUUUAAUGUUGGUUAUCCUAAAUCUCCACCACCAGUACUAAUAAUCAUAAAACAUGCUAUAAAUUUCAAUGUGAUCGACUAUGCUGGUCAAUGUUUACCAAGGAAGAUAUCAGAAAUUGAUCCCCGUGAUCUUAAAUGUUUAUUCACUACCAUAAGAGGUCAUAGAGUUUAUGAACAUGAUGAAAGACAGUGGUUGUUACCAAAAAACCAAGAUGAACUACUACCAAUGGCAAUCAUGUUGAUGUUUUCCCGUCAUUCAUCAUUCGAAGAGACCAGAAAUUUUAUUGAUUUGUUUCGACCCAAACUGGUUUAUCCAUGUACUAAAUCACGAGUCACUUGGUUGAAUGGAUUCACUGUAUCUCGAGUAUUUGGUGAUUUGUGCGUUGGCAACUCCAAUCAUAGGUUUGAUCUCGAUAAGUUUAAGAAGUUUGGAUAUCCAUUACCACAAAUCAUGGAUAGAGAGGUUACAUCCAUCAAUAGAUGGUCAUUUUCACAAUGCUUACAUGAAGUAGAUUUUGUUCACAUUUCAUCUGAACGACCAUUCAAAGGACAAAUACCCUUAAUACCUAAAAGUAUCAACAAGUCUGUGACAAAAUCGUCAAAUGAGUUUAAUUUACAAUCAUUAAUUGCUGGAAGAAAUGAAGAGAAGUAUAAGGAGGUGAUCAAUUACCAUAAAACUUUACGAGCUAAUCCAGUCUUUCAUAGACUUGAUUACAAUUCCAGUAGUUAUGGUUCACAGUCAAGCUACGAAGAAGUGAAAACAUAUUCUGAUGAAGAGGAAUAUUAUGAAGGAGAUGAUAAUCCAGGAAUCGAAUCUCACAUACGACCUGAUGAUAGUUGGGGACAGGUUUUCCCUCAUCCUGAAUCGUGUAUGUAUCUAUCACCACUUCUUGAUACCCAAAAAAUCAACGAUAUUACAGCCCAGUUAACGAAGGAUCAACGUAAUUGGAAUCAAUUUAGGUUAAAAUCCACAACCAAAUAA